UAUUAUUACACUAUUACAGAAUACUGCAACAAUGGUCUUUUUACAACGGGCAUUUGGAUUUCUUGUGAUUGCUGUGGGAAUACAAUCAGCAUUGAGUCGUGUUUGUCCAAUACUAUGUACAGAUGAUUAUAAACCUAUUUGUGGUCUCAAUCAAAUUGGAAGAAUAAAACAAAUCUUCCCCAACCAAUGUUCAUUAGAUGUUGCAAUUUGUUUGAAUGGAAAACCAUACGAUGAUGUUGAAUGGCAACCAUGUACUCUUGGACAAUUAAUGACUGGUAACUCAAUUGAUUUUCAAUUUGGAAACAAUUCCUCUGAUGGUACAAAUUUCAAUUUUAAUGGAAAUGAUAAUGAAAAUGGUAAUAAUAAUAGAAAUGAUGUAGAAACAACUCCGUUAAAAUUAACCGAUAUACGAUUUGGAAUACUCUAAUCAUUAAUCGAUUAUUUUUGGAAACAAUGCUGAUGACGGUACAAAUUUUA